AUGCUUCGCUCCAUGGUCCUGCGAGGCAAUGCCUUGACGCAGAGCACCCGGCUGGCGUCCCGCGCCAUGUCCACCCAGGCCCUGUCCAACCCGACCCUCAGCAACAUCGAGAAGCGAUGGGAGGGAAUGCCUCUCCAGGAGCAGGCCGAUCUCUGGAUGGCCCUGCGCGACCGCAUGAAGGGCAACUGGAAGGAGUUGACCCUGCAGGAGAAGAAGGCCGCAUACUGGAUUGCUUUCGGUCCUCACGGCCCCCGUACCGCUGACCCUCCCGGAACUGGCGCCCGCGUUGCCUGGGGCGUUGUCAUCGGCCUGGCCUCCAGUCUCGCUCUCUUCGCCGGUAUCCGAAUGGCCGCUAAGCCUGCUCCUCACACCAUGAACAAGGAGUGGCAGGAGGCUACCAACGAGUACCUCAAGUCUCAAGCCGCCGAUCCCCUUACUGGUAUCUCCUCUCCCGGAUAUACCGGCAAGGGUGUUAUUCAGUCUCCUCCCAAAUCACAGUAA